CCACAACUGAAAAUUGAAUGGAAGAAAACACUCUUCCAACUUGAAAUUAUUUCUCAAACGCACGAUAAAGAAAUUUAUCGAAAGUUUCUUUUAUUAAUUCUACAGUAUUACGCUGUUAAUCAAUUGUAAAAAUGUCGCAAAGUGUAGUUUUACGUCGACGAUUGAGUUAUAACACGAAAUCAAACAGGCGCCGACAGGUGAGAACUCCAGGCGGUCGCCUCGUUGUGCAAUAUCUGAAGAAACGGCCAUCAGUGCCAAAAUGCGGUAAUUGUAAAAUCAAGCUACACGGUAUCAAGCCCGCUCGAUCGGUCGAAAAAUCUCGUAUGUGUAAACGUGUGAAAACUGUAACUCGAUCUUACGGAGGUGUAUUAUGUCAUAAAUGCGUUCGUGAAAAAAUUAUUCGUGCUUUCCUGAUUGAAGAGCAGAAAAUCGUUUUGAAAGUAAUGAAAGCUCAGAAGAAAGGUGGUAAAAAACCCGUUGUAGCGUAAUUUUAUUCGUAAUUAUGGAAUAAACGUUGUUUUUUAUCUAA